AUGGAUUACGGAGAUUUAGAAGAAGAUACUCUUGGCAUGACAUUAACGUCUGGAACAUGUACGUUGAAAAAAGAUGCCCAAAAUUUAGUUGGAAUCAGUAUUGGUGGAGGAGCUCCACUUUGUCCAUGCUUAUAUAUAGUUCAAAUAUUCGACAAUACGCCUGCGUCAAAAGAGGGCUUUUUAGCUGCAGGUGAUGAAAUUGUGUCCGUGAAUGGAAAAACAGUGAAAGGGCGAACAAAAGUUGAAGUAGCGAAACUUAUACAAGCUUCAAAAUCUGAAGUAACAAUACAUUAUAAUAAAUUACAUGCGCAAUCAAAAGAAGGGAAAACAUUGGAUAUUGUUUUGAAAAAAAUGAAACAUCGUAUAGUUGAAACAAUGAGCUCAACAACAGCUGAUGCGCUUGGUCUUAGUCGUGCUAUUCUUUGCAACGAUGGUCUUAUUAAAAAAUUAGAUGAACUUGAAAGAACAUCGGAAUUAUAUCGUGGCCUAAUUGAACAUACACGUGCUGUUCUUAAAGCUAUCUUUGAAUUAGCGCAUACGCAUCGUAAUUUUGGUGAUGCAUUUGCUAAUAUAGGCGCCCGUGAACCUCAAUUUAAGGCAUCAGAAGCAUUCACGAAGUUUGGUGAAGCCCAUCGACAAAUCGAUCGACAUGCAAUUACAUUACUUCGUACUGUUAAACCGAUGAUUGCUGAUCUGAAUACUUAUUUAACAAAAGCUAUUCCUGACACAAAAUUAACUAUUGAAAAAUAUGCAGAUGCGAAAUUUGAAUAUUUAUCUUAUUGUUUGAAAGUUAAAGAAAUGGACGAUGAAGAAUGUAGUUAUGCAGCACUUCAAGAACCAUUAUAUCGUGUUGAAACAGGCAAUUAUGAAUAUCGAUUAAUUCUUCGGUGUCGUCAAUUAGCACGUGAACGUUUUGCUAAAAUGCGUGCAGAUGUACUUGUGAAAUUAGAACUGCUUGAUCAAAAGCAUGUACAAGAUAUAGUUUUUCAAUUACAUCGUUUUAUUACUGCGUUGGAUAAAUAUCACAAGGAUUGUAAUGAUGUUAUGAAAGAAGCUGAUAUAUUUCCUAUUGAAGUCGAUCUCACAAUACCAACACUUCGUACAAUAGGAAAUAAUGAUGCUGAUGAAAUUGAUAAUGAGAAUGGUGAAGCCAACGGUGAUGAUCUAUUUCAUGAUGAUCAACAAGAAAGUAUUUCUAAUCCACAAAAAAGUGUAGAAGAUGUGGAUCUAUUAAAUAUUGGUCACUAA